CUCAAUGCAAAUCCAAGAUACAGGACGGUAAUAUGGUUCCACUAUACAGCAUACUUCUCUUCUCUAACUUAUGUGCGGCUGAAUUGGUUAACAUUUUGCAGCCUGAUCCAUUCCAAACUGCAGACCUAGGAGACAUCAUUACAAUUGAAUGCCUAAUAACCACUAAAAUACACUUUUUUGUGUGGUAUAAGUUGACCACUGGUAAGAAACUGAAGCUUGUAGCCAAGGUAAACCGCUAUUCGAACCGUGUUAAAUUUGCUGAUGAAUUUGACAGUGGCCAAUUUACUAUACUUUUGGACCAAACAAAAUGUCACCUAAGAAUACAGUCAACAAAGCCAGAAGACCAUGGGAUUUAUUACUGUGGAGUCAUGGUUUUGGAUACCAUAGAGUUUGGAUCAGGGACAUUUUUAAUGGUUAAAGGUGCCAAGUUGGACAGUUCUGUUUUCCAGCAACCUAUCUUUGAGUCAGUCCAGCCAGGAGACUCUGUAACUCUGAACUGUGCAAUACACACUGAGACCUGUCCUGGAGAACACAGUGUCUAUUGGUUCAGACAUGGCUCAGGAGAAUCCCGUCCAGGAAUUAUUUACACCCAUGGAGGCAGGAGUGAUCAGUGUGAGAAGAGCCCUGAGGCUGGGUCUCCUACACAGAGCUGUGUCUACAACCUCGACAAGAGGAACCUCAGCCUCUCUGAUGCUGGGACUUACUACUGUGCUGUGGCCUCAUGUGGGGAGAUACUGUUUGGAAAUGGAACCAUGCUGGAUAUUGAAGAUAAUGAAUCUCCCUCUGAUCUGAAUCUUACUGUUAUCUCAUUGGUGGUGUCCAACAUUCUUCUUGGGACAGUGGCUUUUCUACUUGCAUGGUUUAUUUGCAAAAGUCAGCGCAGCAUUAACAGAGCAGCCAAGAUCAACACAAAGACUCACAGAAAUCAGCACCAGGACAGAGAUGAGUUGAACUAUUCUGCUGUGAGUUUUGCCCCCAGAGGCCCAACCUCCAGACAGAUGAGAGUGAAGACCAGCAGUGAAACUGCAGUGUAUUCUGAGGUCAGAUACCUCCAGCAGGAGUGACAGAUGCGGAUAUUCUGGACUGAAGGGAAACUACAAAAAAAUUAUAUUGUGAAAUUUAAAAUAAAAAAUAAAUGAAGACAGCUGUUGUCAAACUCCCAAUAUUAAUAUCAUGUGAGGAGAUUCUGUACGGAGAGAGAACAAACCUGGAUAUUGACGGUCGUUCUCUCUCGAAAAAAAACUAAACAUGUUUAGGACUUAAAUGGACACAAUUAACCAUGUUCUGCAGCAGAAGAAUGCAGAUUUGUCUGGUUGUAUUUCACAAUUCAUUGUCAUUACAUCAGCCUUAAACCACGCCCCAAAUUUGAGAGUAAUUAUCACCUUACAAACUUCUGCCUAUUCACUCUAUUUAGACCCUGUUGUUUCCUGUGAUUCCACCAGAUCCUGACAGAAUUUUUCCUGUGCCUUUCCAGAGUUCAAUUGUAUCCAAUACUUGUUCAGACCUUUGCUUGUUUUUUGACCCUGAUUUAACCUGUCGUUUUGGGAUGCUGUAUUCAUUUUGGGAACUUUUGAAUGUUCCUGGAUUCUGAGCCUAUGUUCUGAGACUUGUUGUUUGAAAAGUUCAUUUUUAUUAAGUUAUUUGUAUUAGUGUUUUCUCCUUGUUCAUUUUAUUAGGGCUUGUAGUACGUUGUCAUACAAGAAACUUGACAGUAGAGAGUUCUAGUAGAAGAAGGGAGUGAAUGUGAAGUGAAGAGACAAAGAAAAAAAGGGGAAGUUGGAGUUGUGUGUCGCACAGAAAAAACAUGAUGAGUGACUUCUGUGGAAAAAAAACAAUCAAAUAUGCAUGCCUGAAGCUUCAAUUAUUAUAGUGUGCUACACUGUAACGCCAGAGCCUUCUGCAGUUAAUUGGCUGCCACGCUCGGCAUCCCCAGAGUAUUAGGAAAAUCGGCUACACCUGUGUCUUGUUUGGUUUUAGUAUUUAAGUGUCUGUUUUUGGUUUACCCAGUGCGAAGUCUUGAUCUUGUUUUGCAGUUCUGUCCAAGCCGUGUUAUAGACUCUUCUACUGUUGCUGACCUUGGUUUUCUACUCCGUUUUUGGAUCUCCUGUAUUGCCCUGUCUGCCGUGUACCGAACCUUGCCUGUCUGACCAUUCUAUUAAAUCUGCGCUCUGCGCUUGGAUUCAA